AUGGUCUCCGCUGUGGAUUCUCGUGAAUCUAUACCCAACUCUACGGGCAAGAAGAAGCGCUCACGACGUGGUCGAAAGGCUACACUGGACAUUAGCGGGCCAAAGCCUAAGAAGAGCCUCUUCCUAGACGAGAUUGGUGACGCCUUGGUCGACCAACUCUACGCAAAUCCUCGACACAAUGGACAUCUCAAUGACAGCCGCGAUACAUCCUUCGUCUCUGUCGCUGACCAUCUACGCAAUAACCUCGCAGCUGCCCUGACGGCUUCAUCCUGUGCCAGCUCAGCGAGCUACAGUACUCGCACGAUGGGCGACUCAGUUUCGACCCCGGCAACGAGCGUAGACAGCAACGAAUCACCGCAAGUCACUCACUCGCUCGAAGCACCCUUCGACCUCCCAGAUCCCAAAACCAAACCUCCUCCCUCGAAGAAAAGUCACUCAAACCAAGCAGACGUGUUCAGUCUUGACGACUUCACCACAAUGACAGCCAUCGAGCGACUAGCCGCAUACCACGGCCGAGUAGCACACAUGGGCAUCCUCGACCGCAGCUACCGAUUCUUCGUGAACCAAUCAAGAACAGCAGCAAUAUCCUUCAAAGUACAAAAUGGCGUGGCAGUCGUCGGCGGAGACCCAUUAUGCGACACAGCCGCAAUCCCAGAAUUGCUAUUCGAAUUCGCAGAAUACCGCAAAAGACAUCACUGGGGCAUGGCAUUCAUGGGCGCAAGCGAGACCUUCACAAGAGAGUACGCCCAACGAGAAGGCUGGACGACAAUCCGAUUCGGUACCGAGCGCGUCCUCAACCCACAGAACAACGAGGUCCUCCUUGAGACAAGUGGGAAACGCAUAACAACACAAAACCGCCAGCUCCUCAAUAAAGCAAAAGGCAACAUCACCCUCGACGUCUACGCACCUGCCGUCCAUGGCACAGUCCCACAACUCCAAACAGACCUCAUAGCCAUCUACGAUGCAUGGCGCGCAGAGCGAAACAGCUCCCCAAGCCCGCAGGCAUUCAUAACAGUCUACGAUCCCUUCGCCCUCCCAGCCUUAAUGACAUUCGUAUACACCCGCGGCGCAGACGGACAUGUUAACGGCUUCGCAGCCCUCCGCCAUCUCGGCUCAGGAGGGUACCACGUCGACCCCUGCAUCGCGGCUCCAGGCAGCGCAAAGGGAAUCAGCGAUCUACUCCUCGUAGCUGCAAUGGCUCUCCUCAACCGUGCUGGUGUGUCCUAUCUCGGAUUCGGCUUCGAGCCUCUGCAUGCCUUGACGCGUGAUGAUGUGAGCGGUAUCCCUGGUCCGUUUGCUCAUCUCACUCGAGACUUGUAUGGCCAUGCUUUCCAUCGGUUGCCGAUUGGGGGGAAGAAGGCAUACCAUGAUAAAUUCCGUCCAGAUCCUACGCAGGAUUCGGGUCUUUAUCUUGUUUUUCCUUCUGGGAUCCCUGGACCACGGCAUUUGCUUGCUAUGACGCAUAUGGCUAAUAUUAGCUGGCGGAAGAUCUUCUGGGCGGAUGUGAGGGGGUGGGCUCACAGGGGUGAAAAGACUGCUGCGGUUGAGGGAGCGCAGGAUCAGCAGAGUCAGAAUCAAACCAAGGACCAGGAUCAGGAUCUGGACCAGAGCCAGACUCGAAUUUGGAAGGAUGGAAUGGGGAAAUCGAUGGUGUUGGAUAGACCCAUCCCUUUGGUUGAGAGUAGGUGA